AUGGCGUCGAGGCUAGAAACGGACCAGCUGAACCAAUUCAGAGAAAUAUUCGAGCGCUUCGACAUGGAUUCCGAUGGCAGCUUGACCCAUCUCGAACUCGUGGCCCUCCUCCGGUCGCUCGGCAUCAAGCCAACCUCAGGCGAUCAGAUCCACCGUCUAUUGGCCAACAUAGAUUCAAAUUCAAACGGACUAGUCGAAUUCGACGAGCUCAUCGACGCAAUCAUACCUGAUGUCAACGAAGAAGUGUUGAUUAAUCGGGAUCAAUUGAUGGAGAUUUUCCAGUCGUUCGAUCGCGACGGUAAUGGGUAUAUAACGACAGCGGAGCUGGCAAAACAGAUGUCCAAAAUGGGUCAUUCAUUAACGUUUAAGGAGCUGUCGGAUCUGAUGACAGAUGCCGAUGCUAAUGGAGAUGGCGUUAUUAGUUUCAAUGAAUUUGCCACAAUUAUGGGCAAAUCUGCAGUUAACGUCAUUGGCCUCCCCGAUGCAUAAUAGAUCAGUGAUCUAGAAAAAUACAUAAACAGAAAAAGAGAUGUUUC